AUGACGAUUUUCUUCAUUGCCUUUAUAACAAAAACAGUGACUCCAUUUCUGAGGUUCAAUACAACCGCCACCCCGAAACCACUAGUCAUUGUUAGCCCUGUGAAUGUUUCCCAGAUUCAAGAUGUUGUUAUUUGUUCCAAGAAACAUGGCUUGCAAAUUAGAGUGCGUAGUGGUGGCCAUGACUUUGAGGGUCUUUCUUAUGUUUCCAUUGUCCCCUUUGUCCUUGUUGAUCUUAUUAAUCUUCGAAUGAUCAACGUUGAUGUUGAGAAUAGCAAUGCAUGGGUUGAAGCUGGGGCAACUUUAGGUGAAGUUUAUUAUAGAAUUGCUGAGAAAAGCAAAACUCUUGCUUUUCCUGCUGGUGUUAGCCCUACUGUGGGUGUUGGUGGGCACUUCAGUGGAGGAGGAUCCGGCAUGAUUCUCCGUAAAUUUGGCCUAGCCGCAGACCAUAUCACCGAUGCUGUAUUAGUUGAUGUUGAAGGUAGAAUACAUGACAGAAAAUCAAUGGGAGAAGAUUUAUUUUGGGCCAUUCGAGGCGGUGGAGGAAACACCUUCGGCAUCGUUGUUGCAUGGAAACUAAACUUGGUUCCAGUUCCACCUAUUGUGACUGCUUUCAAUGUCUCAAGAACCUUGGAACAAAAUGCAACAAAGCUUGUCCACCGGUGGCAAUUCGUAUCAAACAAACUUCAUGAAGAUAUUUUCACAAGAAUUUUCCUAAGGAAGGUUGAAUCUAGCCAAAGAGGAAAGACUACAAUACAAGCUGCAUUCACUACCUUAUUUAUUGGUGAGGUAGAUAGGCUUCUUUCAUUGAUGCAAGAGAGCUUUCCCGAGCUCGGUUUGGUGAAGGAAGAUUGCAUUGAAAUGAGCUGGAUCGAGUCAGUUCUCUAUUUUGCCGGAUUCCCAAGCAACACAUCUUUAGAUGCUUUACUUGAUAGGACUCCUAUAUCUGAUGUAUUUUUCAAAAUAAAAUCAGACUACGUGAAGGAACCUUUACCGGAAAUCGCAUUGGAGGGUAUUUGGGAAAGGAUGGAUCAAUUAGAGGUCCAGAUAUCUGAAUUGCAAUUUACUGCGUAUGGAGGCAAGAUGGAUGAGAUAUCAGAGUCCAGCCUUCCAUUUCCACAUAGAGCUGGAAUUAUAUAUCAAAUUGAAUACGCGGUGCUUUGGGAAGAAGAAAGUAGUGAGGCAUCCCAACGGUAUAUAAGUUGGAUAAGAAGGCUACUCAAUUACAUGACUCCUUACGUUUCAAAAAAUCCUCGACAAGUAUAUGUGAAUUAUAGAGAUCUUGACCUUGGAAUCAAUAAACUUGAUGGCAACACAAGUUACAAACAAGCAAGCAUCUGGGGCAGGAAAUAUUUCAAGAAUAACUUUGAUAGGCUGGUACGGGUGAAGACUGCAGUUGAUCCUGCUAAUUUCUUUAGGCAUGAACAAAGCAUUCCUCCUCUCUCAUCUUGGUGAUAGGAGAGAGUUACAAAAUGGUACAAAACAGCAUAUAUGAUAAAUUAAAGGAUGUGUUUCGUCUCUCUUAGACAUCAAUAAAAGCUCCCACGCACUGUUUUGAUCUUUCAAUGUAAUGUAAUGUAAUGUAAUUGCACGUUCAGUGUCUAUCAAGUGUGAGCACAUACAAAUUAAUCAAAUAAAUAAAAGCAUCCUUGCUAAUGAUUUAUAGCA